CUUCCGCGUUGACCAUUUUCCCACCUGAUUGGUGACUUACUUCUUCUUCCCCUCUGCUUGCCUCCUCCUUCGCGCGAGGUAUUUGGCUAUGGACGGAACGGUCGAUGCCCUUAGCAACGUCUACCAACUUUGUGCUGCGGCGGCCGCCGUCAUCGAAGCCAAGGAUCAGUCAGGAGGGCAAAAGACGGCAGCAACCGAAGCUGCUCUCGAGACAUUCAGAGCGCGGUGGAACUCUUUCCGCGUCGCCUGCGACCAGGCGGAGGAGUUUGUGGAAUCCCUAAAGCAACGGAUCGGUUCCGAAUGUCUUGUCGAUGAGGCCACCGGCGCGACAACGGUGAAAUCCGGACAGCUCUCUGCUGCCGGCAUCCCUCCACGCGCCGUGAGGCUGGAGCAGAUGAGCAAGGCAGUGCGAUGGCUCGUGAUUGAGCUCAAAAUGGUUCGGGGCAGGCACCGGCAGUGGGGCGGUGGCGCAUCAUAACGCGUCUGCUCCGUUUGAUACUAGGUUUUCGGAUGACUCCACUCAAUAGGUCGAGUAAGGUCGUUAUUGUAGCCAAGUAAAGAGGGUUAAUUUCCCACACAUAAGAAGCCGGCAAAGUAUAUGUUGAUCUGACUAGAGAGUUCAAGUUGUGAAAGCUGUAUAGUUUGAACCAUACUUGGCAUCAAGAUCACUGAAAUCAACAAGGUUAUUGGGCAACCUCGCUAAGGCUAGUUGGCGAAGUCGCCAAAUAAAUUUGCUCAGGACUUGAAACUUCCUCCUAGCCUACAAUGAAGUCGUCGAAGGCUUCCUUUGAACUUGCUACUUCUAGGUAAAGGCAACAUGAACUUUGCUUCAACUUGUUAUUUUAAUGGCAAGCACUUGUUAAGACUUUUUAUGUAAUUUCAUUUGUAUUGCUUAGUUGUAGUUUUUUUUUUCCCCCCUAUAAUUCUGAACAUGAAUUCAAGCAUAUAAAUAGAGUAAAA